AUGGAUUUUCCCUUGAGUCCAAUACCCUUUCCAUGGUCACCUCAAUUAGUUCCUUCACUUGAAGAUGUAAAUAUAGCACCCAUUGACAAUGGUGGCUUAGAUAACUUAUGCCUGCAAAACAAUGGUGUAUCCCCAAAUAUGUCACAACCAAAUUAUGGCCCUAAUGGUGAAGGAAAUAGCUUCGGGAACCAAAUUCCAGAUCCCACAUCAGUAGUACAAAAUCCCGCUGAGUUGCCUUAUAAUGUGAUGCAAGAAAUGAUGGACUCUUUGAUCCCUUUGGAGGCAAAUGGUGAAGGUGAAACAAGCAAGGAAAAAUCCAAAAGGAAGCCUAGAAAUACUUCAAAGAAGCAAGAACAAGGUGCUGAAGAUGCAAGAUACACUUGUCGAUAUGAGGCAUUUUUGUGGGAUAAUAGCGACCAGGGACAAAAAUCAAGGACAGUUUACAUAGGUGGAUAUGAUGAUGAAGAAUCUGCAGCAAGGGCUUAUGAUAUAGCUGCUCUGAAAUUAUGGGGUGAAGCUGCACCAUUAAAUUUCCCAGUAAUGCUUCCUUUAACAUGA